AGCCUCAUAAUAAUAACAAAAAGAAAAAACACAAGUCGUCUGGUACGAUUUGGCAAUCAGUUUUCUUGAAAUUGCGGAUAAUUUUGAAAAAGUUAUAGUUUCACAGUGAAUAACGAUGUUCUUGAAGCUUUUUCAAGCAACGAGGAAAGUUGGAUUAAGUUACAUAAAUCCCGGCAUGGUAUAUGUAGCUGGUGCUUACGGGCGGGCACUCUAUUCGACACCUUCCGUCAAUUCGACCAGCGACGAACCAAUUGAUUUGGAUGCAAAUCCCUACGCUAAAGAGCGCACUCAAUGCAUUCUAUGCAAGCAUAACAUAACGCCAGAUUACAAAAAUGUACAGCUGCUCUCACAGUUCCAGAGCCCCUACACAGGUCGAAUCUACGGGAAGCACAUAACCGGACUAUGCAAGGCCCGUCAAGAGCAAGUCGAGCGGGAAAUCAUCAAAGCCCAGAACGCCGGCUUCAUGCCUACCUAUCAUAAGGCUGUUGAAUAUUUGCACGAUCCCAAGCUGUUUGACCCAGAGAAGCCUAUUCGCCCACAUAAAUAUUAAAAUAGACAGGACCUUAUAGUUAACAAAA